AUGCUCGGUAACGAAAUGUUAAUAUACGGGAUAGCUCCCCUUUCACGUUUAAACUUUUUACAAAUGUACAAGUUCAUGAUAUUCCUUCGUUUAGUAGCAGCCACGAGCUAUCUUGGGGCAGCGAUUACUCCCAUUGACUCACUCUCAGAAAUUAAUAUCACGGAUAGCGAGGCCGUCUUCAAAGUCGGCGACCGCUUUUUGGUUCCUCUUAAGGACUCUGUCGAGUACUACUUCUUCAACGUCACCACCAAUAAAACAAGUGAUGAUGGGUAUAUCGCCGUGUCGCCUUGCCACCUGCAAAUGUAUCUGCCCUACGCAGGUAGAUUCAAUGUUGAAUACACCAAUGGGAGGCUAGUACAGAUUGAUACUACAUUAACCGGUAAAGGCUCGGUAAACCCAUCUUUGAUUGGUCUCGUCUCCUUGACUACUGGCGUUGAUCUCAAGCUAGGCUUAUCGGUGAGUAAUACAGAUACAACAGGCGUUGAUUACGCUUGUAUCGUCGAACCAGGCCGAACUUGCCAGGCUUUCGUAAGGCCUCAUGCUGUGAGCAUCAAAGCACAAGGAGUCAUUGGGAGACUUCAGGAUUUGAUGCUCCAAUCACUGACACAGGUGCCAGAGGUAUUGCAAUGGACUUAUCCAAUCGAGAAUACUGGAACAUUGAUGUGUCUAUGUGACGAUCAAGUUGAAAAUUUGGCUUGUGAGGCGCGUAUCAAUUAUUAUGAUCCGUUUCACCCUAUACAUUUAGAAUAUCGUAUCUAG